AUGUAUCAGUCGUCUUCGAACCCCGCCUCCUGCCAUCCCACUCACUCUCCCCAGUCUGCCGCGGGUUCAUUACGGCAGUCAGCUAAACAGCCAGAGAACGAUAGGAACAAUGACUAUUUUUAUGGGCACGCUGGUGGUACAAGAUCUAGUAGAGAAAGCGGGCCAGUUUCUGGAGCGAAUGAGUCUUCUUCACCGAGCCCUGCCGCACCGGCAUCCACACUUCGAAUCCGUCGUCGCAAUCGAAUGAUUACUUCGUGCCUGGAGUGCCGACGGAGGAAGCUGAAAUGCGACAGACUCCAUCCGUGUACCAAAUGUUCCAAAUCCAACCGGGACUGUUUGUUCCUGGCCCCGGCCUGGGAUGAAAAUUCCCGGAAGAAACUCGCAGAACUCAAAGAUAGGAUGGGUUCACUGGAACGAGCAUUGGAACAGGAUGCUGCGCAAAUACAGGCUUCGCUAAAAGAGGGCGGUCAACCUGAUGGCAAUGGCCAGGCUGGCUCAAAUACAUUGGCAGGCAUGCUUGAGAACUCAGCUGAGGCGCAAGCUCCUGUGCCAGAAGAUGAAGUGAACCUAGAGCCAACUCCGCUCGCGGUUCAGGAUGCUGGGUAUGAAGAUGGAUCAGACGAUGAUAACGUUGAUCUUGGAUUCAAGCUGGGGAAGCUAAGACUAACGGACCGUAUUGGCGGCUUGUAUCGUCCCAAGGUCGCAGAAGAGCUUGCCGUGACUCUCAACGAGUUAUCAAUGUCAGACAAGCCUGCAGAUAGAUCCAACUCCAAGCCCUCACGCAUCUGGAAGCUAACGCCUAAGGACACGGAGUCCUAUUUUGCCCCAGGACCCUCUUACAUCGCUCCUUGUUCGGAUUUCAUUUUCCGGUGUGGUUCACAGAAGUACACUCUUGUCGAUUUUCUUCCAUCACGGCCUGCUGCCGACAGGUUACUACAACAAUACUGGGAAGCAGUAGAUCCCAUAGCCAAAGUUUCUCAUCGACCUACUGUUGAAAAGCAGUAUAAUGAUUUCUGGUUUCAGGUUUCUCGGGGGGUUGAGCCCCCCUACUCUGUGCAGGCAGUUAUAUUUGCCGCAAUGUUUUCUGCUGCAAUAAGUAUGACAGAAGACUCGAUAUUAAGUACGUUCGGGGUUGCACAAAAUAAGCUCACAGAGAACUUCCAGUUAGCAACAGAAACGGCUUUGGGAAAAGCAAACUUUUUGAGAACUACCAAAACCCAAACUAUCCAGGCUUCAGUCAUGUACAUGAUUCCAAUGUGUCGAGGAGAAGUAUCCCGUGCCCAUUCCGUUCUUGUUGGAACCAUCAUUCGUUUGGCUGAGUGUAUGGGAUUCCACCGUGACCCUGAAGAACUUUCGCUUGACCCCAUUGAGACACACGUCCGGCGGAUGAUCUGGUAUCAGUUGUGUUUUCUAGACAUCCGGACGGUUGAAGCACAAGGCCCUCGCCUCUCGAUUCGCCGCGAGGACUUCUCUACCAAGUUUCCUCUCAAUGUAAACGAUAAUGACCUGUGUGCGGGCGCUCCUACAUCUCUCAAUGAUAAGCCUUAUUGGACGGACAUGACCUUUACGCGACUUCGUUUCGAAUGCCAUGAAUUGCAACGGCUUGUUAAUAUUGAUAGGCUCAGAGUGGAGCAAAAUCUGAUCAGUUUAACGCACGUACUAGGAAAAAUUGAAGCUUUCCGAAGGGCUACCCUUAAAAAUUAUAGCCCUCUGAUUGAUGUUCCAAAUCCUAAACCGAUACAGCGGGCUGCACAACUUUUCCUUUCCUUGUAUAUUAACCGUGCCUAUAUAGCGCUAUUGCACCGGUAUCAUCACAACACUACUGUGAGAAUUCCUGACAGGCUCAUGCAAAUUAUCCUAACAACUGGUGUGCAAAUGACGGAAGAUGCAAUUGCGCUCGAAACAGAACCGGAGCUCAGGCCAUGGUACUGGUAUUCGACAGCAUUUAGCCAGUGGCACACAGCCUUCCUCCUCCUUAUCGAGAUUUUUAAUUAUCCGUUACGCAAGGAGGCUGACCGCAUCUGGCGAUGUCUAUAUUAUGUUUUUGAAAUUUCGCCUUCUCCCUUUGAGUUUGGUGGCAAGAGAUACAGCGAGAGCAACAGGAGGGAGCUUUUGGAGGAUCGGCAUCAAAAAGGUCGCAUGAUCUUGGGCCAGCUUAAAGAUAGAAUGAUAUGCUAUCGAGCGAGGAGGAAGCUGAAAAUUCCCGCCAACAUGCAAGGGUCUCAAAUAGCGGAAGACCUUGACGCAUCAACAUCAGGCCGCAAGAGGAAAAUACUGAACAAUACGGUUGCUUUUGGUUAUCCAGCCGCGCAGGAGGGGUACGCUGCUCCUGUAACUUUAGUCUUUGACGCUGCUCAAACACCACCUGGAGCCUGCCAGACAUCCAGACCAUCGUCUCAGUCAAAACCACCUUCGACUGUGGUUUAUUCACAAACGGCUGAAUCAUAUCAGCAGGAAAACGUACAAAAUCAACACGCAGCGAUAUCACAUUGGCGGCAGCAACCGCUGCAAUCCAACCCACCGCUACUAACUCAUUCACAUCAAAUUCCACCAAUUCCCCAACAGAAACACGCCCAACCCCUCCAAUUCUUCAGCUAUGGUCCGUUACAGAAUCUGCAGAUGCCCAAAUCCAUGACUGAUCUUGCGGACCGCGUUGCCAGGGGCCAAAGCCUUGAUUCAGAAACUAAUAACUCUGAGGAUUCCGGAUCGACAGGAUUGUGGUUCUAUCCUGGUGUUGGGUCUGGAACUGCUGGAGCAGCCCCUCCUCCCCCUCCUCCCAAUUGUGGACUAACCUUUCCUGACGUUGAGGACUUCCCCAAGGGUGACUCUGCGGAGGAUCUGCCCCUGCUGGACAUUGACUGGGAUAUUACCAAAUUCUCCAAAAAACUCUAUAAGACGUUGAAACGUUAA